ACAUUCAUCGUGGGCCUCGCCUCGGCCCAAUAUAUAUUUUAGUUCGUUAUUCUUGAUCACGCCAAUGAAAAGCGAAGAUAAAAAAAAUAAACACUAAAAAAAAUGUUGAUAUCUCUCAGAGAGUCAAAUCAUAUGAUGACGUCUCGGCUCCUACUGUAGCUGACAGACUUGGGAAGUAGUGUUUUGUAAUAAAGGCGGGCUUUUUUCUCCUUUCAUCUUCUAGGGUUUUCUCUCCAGUGAUCAUUGAGCAGCAACAUGAUGCUAAAGGACUGUGAAGUCGAAGUGUGUUCAGAGGAAGAAGGCUUCGUAGGCGCGUGGUUUCGAGCCGUGUUAGAAGAGAACCCCACCAAGUCCGGUCGGAAGAAGCUCCGCGUCCGCUACAUUACUCUGCUAAGCGACGACGGUCUCACUCCUCUCACCGAGUUCAUCGAGCAGAGAUUCAUCAGGUCGAUCCCUCCGAAGGAGAUGCAGAACGAAGUCGUUUUGGAGGAAGGAACUUUGGUCGAUGCGGAUCACAGAGAUGGGUGGUGGACAGGUGUCAUCUCGAAGAAGAUAGAAGAGGGUGAGAAGUUUUUGGUUUACUUCGAUUCGCCGCCUGAUAUAAUCGAGUUCGAGAGGAAUCAGUUAAGGGCUCAUCUUGAAUGGACCGGGUGGAAAUGGGUCGUACCCGACAAGGAGAAAGUGGAUAACUCCGAGUUUUGCUCGGGAGCAACGGUGGAAGUGUGUUCUGCCAAAGACAAAGCGUGGUACCCGGCGUUGAUGGUUACAGAGAUUGAAGGAGAAGAUGGCGAGAGUAAGUUCCUUGUCAAGGACUUUAAUCAGCGGUUGAGCUGCAUUGGUGGUGAGGCAACACCAAGCUUGGUUGUUGACGGUCACAGUGUGAGACCCGCACCGCCUCCUUCCUCCGUUGGGGAGUUUGAGUUGAUGGCACGUGUAGAGCUCUUGCGUGGCUCUGGAUGGUGCCAAGGGUUGGUGCAGAAGAUUCUCUCAGAGGAACGUUACUGGGUUAGUUUAGACGUUACCAAGGAGGAAUAUGUGUUUAAACACUCGGAGCUUCGGCCAUUGAUGGUGUGGGAGAAUGGGAAUUGGCGUGACGAAUCUAAGCAAAAGGCGGUGAAGGAGACUCCUUCCAACACCUUAAACAAGAAUCCAAUGCACUCUUGUUCUGGUCCUAAGCCAUUCACUAGAGUUAAAACUGUGGAUGCCACUGCAGAGCUGAGAACGAAGAAGAAGAAUGAUGCUGUUAUUAGUGAUAAAACUCCUCCGGUCACAACCGUAACACCGCUGAUACAAACAGAAACUGAAGGAGAAGAAUCAUCUGAGAAGAGACUUGAGCAAAUGCCUAAGGAGAAGAACAGUGAAGCUACUAGUAGGAAAAGGCAAAGAGGACAAGACAAACACAAGGAUAUGAAUGAAACUGGAAAUUUAUCAACUACUAGUUCGGAAGAUAGGGUCAGGCAAAGCAGACAAAAGCAAAAAACUGUAAAAGAAACUCCAAAGAGGCCAAUGCCUUCUUCUUCUUCUGGUGCUAAGAAGGCCACACAGCAUAUGAAGAAACCCUUGAACCCACAUGACAAUGAAGAAAACAACACUCUAGAAGCCACUGGAGGAUUAGGAAAGGAUACUGUGAUGAUGAAUGAUAAAACCCCUGAAGUAAUGUCAAUAGCAAAAGAAUAUGUAGACCCGUCUUUGGUCAUAGCUGCAACUCCACUGAAACAAACAGAGGCCAGAGCUGUAGAAAAUACAUCCCCAGUGAUGAAUCUGAAUGAUUCAACUCCACAUAUGACGCACGAGGAGGAGAAUAGCGAAGCUAAGAGUAGGAAAAGGAGAAGGGAACAAGAUCAACACUCGAACCUGAAUGAAGAAGCUGAUGGGACUAGCAACGUUUCAAUUGGUGAGGUGAAUGAUACAGCAAGUAAAAAUAUGUGCCGUGAUGGUGAAGUUGUUGAUCAGCUUAUCUCUUCUUGGAUAGGAAAUUCAUCUACUGAGUUGUCCCCUGAUCAGAGCUUGAAGGAAACACCAGCCAAAGACAAAACUCUAAUGGAUUUGCCUUUCACAAAGAAGUCACCGUACUGGAAGACCUACGAGACAACACAAGCUUUCAAAUCCGUUCCUCAACGACCUCACUUCAGCACGCUGCUCGAAGCUAAAAAAGAUUUCUUCCUCGAGUCUGCAGCGGUUGGGAUGAUGGUUUCCUUUUACAGCUUUCUAGACGAAGUGAAGGAUCUCAAGCUCGAUGACUCCACAAGUAAACUCCACGAUCUCAGCGUUUCAUUUGCUGAAUUAGAGAAGAAUGGGUUCGACGUCGAAGCUCCUCAGGCAGUGAUCAGCAAAGUGCUGUCUCUCAAAGACGUGCGAGACAGGAAAGCCGAGGAGCAAAAACGUUAUGAGGAGGACAUUGGAGAGGAAGAGAGUGCAAGUCUCGAGUUAAAAGAAGUGAGGGCUGAGCGGAGACUCGAAAUCGGUGAGCUGCAACGCAAAAUCAGUGAGCUGGAGAGACAAGAUGCAGUUGGGAAACAGAAGGAGGAAGCAGCAGAGGAAAAGAUAGCUGACAUGAAGGCACAUGUGGGAAUGAUACGCCAAGAGAUUGAAGAUGUGGAGGUUGAGUUUCAGAAAACUAUAUCAGCUCCAUGGUAGGUAACAAGAGUUAUAAUAUAACCUCUCCCUCCCUAUUUUGGUAAAUGAAACGAGUAGAUGAAGUUGGUGAAAAGACAUGUCUGAGAUUGUUGGCUACCUCUUAUGGAAUGGUUUGUGUUUUAAAUUUUUUUAAGCUAACCACCCUUUUGUAGU